GGAGCCGGCGAGGCCAGCGGCGACUCGGCUCGCCUCGGUGCCUCCGGGGCUGCGCUGCUGCUGCUGCCGCUGCCGCUUCCUGUGUGCCGCGUAGCGAAGUCCACGUUCCCCUUUGUCUGAGGCCCUCUGCCCUGCGCCUUCCCCCAGGGCAGGGCCGGGCCGGGCCGGGCCCGGGUUGGCGGGAAGGGAGCUGCGCGUUCCGCAGCUCGGCCGGUGGGACCGGGCAGGGCUGUUGGCAGGCGGCGUUGUGAGCAGCCGCACGGGGUGUGGCCGCGUCUCCCGUGGGGGAGCUGUUGAAACAGCAGCAGGACUCGGUUAGCAGGGGAUGGAUUACUGAAGGUGCUGCUCUGCUGAGCUGGACUCGAUGGCUGAAGGUGUCAGCCCCCUUCCCUGGCUGCAGGUCAGCGCUCUUCCCUCACCCACCAUGUGACCUGGGGUAUUUACGCAGCAAAGAGCUUCCUUCUCCAAAGGAUGAGCACAUGCCGAUGGUGUACACUUAGUGGUUCUGACACCACAGAGUUCCUGAAGGAAUAUGCUUCCAACCAGCUGUCUCCAGAAGAUCUGGAAGGCUCCAACGAUGAUCUCUGUUACUGCCUGGAAUGUGUGGUUGAAUACCACAAAGCAAGGGAGAAAUUGCCAAGGCUGCAUCAGGUUUUGUGGGAAUUGGAAACCUCCAGACUCCUUGCUCACAUGGAGAAAUCCAUGCAAGAAGAAGAUGAGGAAGAUGAUGAGUUGUAUCUAGUGGAAGAGAAAGGAGACACUCUGCUGUCUGGCUUUGUGGGCCCGGAUUUUGAGAACAACUUGAGGGUGCCUCUGCUAGAAAUCCUGAAAUAUCCUUAUCUGCUGCUGCAUGAGAGAGUCAGUGAGCUGUGUGUGGAGGUGCUCUGUAGGAUGGAACAAAGUCACAGCUCCUUUCAGGUCUUUGAGAAAUAUCCAGGAAUUUAUCUCUUUUUGGUUCAUCCAAAUGAAGUGAUUCGUCGCUGGGCCAUCCUAACAGCAAGGAAUUUAGGGAAGGUUGACAGAGAUGAUUAUUAUGACCUCCAGGAAGUGCUGACUUGCUUGUUCAGAGUCAUUGAGUUGGGGCUUUUUGAGAGUCCAGAUAUUUAUAGCUCUACAAUGCUUGAAAAGGGUAAACUCAUCCUUCUGCCAUCUCAUUUGUAUGACACCACCAACUACAAGAACUACUGGCUAGGGAUUUGCAUGUUGCUGACAGUGCUGGAAGAAGAAGCUAUGGACUCCUUGUUGCUGGGCCCAGACAAACAAAAUGAUUUCAUGCAGUCCAUACUUCACACCAUGGAGAAAGAAGGAGAUGAUGAUUCUACUGACCCCUUCUGGCCAGCGCUGCAUUGUUUCAUGGUUAUUUUGGAUCAGCUUGGAUCUAAAGUCUGGGGUCAGCUUAUUGAUCCUGUCCAGGCCUUUCAAACCAUUAUCAACAGUGUGAGCUACAACAGUGAAAUAGAAAACAUGCGCAGCAGCUUUAAGAGGACAAAAUCUGAGCCAGAGCCAGCCCACGAUGAUGACAUAACCUGCAGUCAGAUUGUGUACAAUUAUAACACAGAAAAGCCUCAAAAGGACACCGGAUGGAAGUCUGCCAUUUGUCCCAACUACUGCCCCAGCCUGUACGAAGAUAUGCAGACGCUGGCUAACCUGCUGCAGUCUGAGCUCGGCAGAGACAUGCGUGUCCACGAGAGCACAUUCCUCUGGUUCAUCCCUUUUGUGCAGUCCCUGAUGGAUCUGAAGGACUUGGGUGUGGCUUAUAUAGUAGAAGUCAUCCACUACCUCUGCUCCGAGAUCAAAGAUACCCUCAACGUAAGAGUGCAGCAGUGCGACAAGAUCGCCGAAUUCUUUCUCCUCAUCUUGGUGUCCAUUGUUGAGCUGCACAGGAAUAAGAAGUGCCUGCACUUGCUGUGGAUUAGCUCGCAGGAGUGGGUGGAAGCUGUGGUGAGGUGUGCUAAGCUUCCUGCCACAGCCUUCGCCCGCCGCACCGAGAAGGGCCCUGGCCCCUGCCCGAGAGGUUCCCCAGGAUCCCCGCAAGCUUCCAGCUCGGUGCAGCAUGCCUGCGUGCAGCUGAUCCGCAGCCUUCUGAAGGAGGGCUACCAAAUUGGGCAGCAGGCUCUUUGCAAGCGCUACCUAAACAAACUCAACCUUCUCCUGCGAGGAAAUCUGUCCUUGGGUUGGCAGCUGAGUGUCCGGGAAACUCAGGAAUUGCAGGUGUGCCUAAGGCAGGUGGUCAGGAGCAUAAAGGACAGACCAGUUGAUCCCUCUGCUGCUGCAGGAAAUGGUGCAAGCUCCCCAGAUGUGCCUGCUGUCUCCGUAAAGCAAGAUAUGCCUCUUGUACAUAUAAAGGAAGAGAAGAAUGAUGAUGGAUGUAAAAUGAGUGUACAUGGCAGAGAUGACUUUUCUUCACCAGCUGCUGUCACAUCAAAGGAAAAGGGAGCUGGAGAUUGCCAAGAGAACCCUUUCCUCGGAAGAAAGAGUGCUUGGGAAGAGAAAUGUAGGGAUCCAUCUACAAGUACAAUGUGGUGGAUGUCCACAAAAGGCCUCUUGGGGACUAUUAAGAAGGAGGCUGAUGAAUCUCCAGCUCAGAACAGUGUCCUCCCAAAGAAGAGCUCUUUGGCAGCAAAAUUAAGAAAGAAAGCUCAGGAAAAGAAGGCAGAUGUUCCUGCAGCAGAGAAGUGCCACCUGGACAGUCAGAGCCUUAACCCAAGUGCAGAGCAUUCAGACUGCAGGAGAGGCUCAGAGCUGGGAAAGCAGCGUGAACCCCUAACUCCAGUGCACCAGGCUGCUGCACCUCCUGUUGGUUCCCAUAAGCGUGGGCACAGCUCGGGUGGAAAGGAGAGCAAUACAGCUCCCAGUUCCUCUUCAGAUCCUAAGGCAGACACUUACAAACUCAAGGAUCUGAAAGUCACAAUAAGGAGGAUUGAGCUGCCGCCUGACUUGAGGAGCUACUCAGCAGCAAGUGCUUCAAAAGCAGAGGCAGAUCAGCCUAAGCUGGGUCGUGUUCCAUCUAGCUCUGAAAACAAGAGGGACCUGUCCAGCCCUGCUUCUCAGAGCAGGCCACUGGCCCUGAAGUGUGACUCCAGUGACAGGUUGUUGGAAUUUUCAGAGUAUUUCAAGAGACAAAACAGUGCAGUGAGGAGGAAAGAGGAAGGGAUCGUGGAGGUGAAUCCUGAAGACAAUGCUUUAACAGACUCCCAGGUUGAUAGAGAGCUCUGCAAAUUAUCUUUAGCUGCCUAUGCCAAAGGUGUCAAUUUUCCCUUUGAUUCCAGCCAAGAAAGCUCAGUCCAUGAUAACAUGAGUGAUGUGACAAGGAAAGUGAAAGGUGCUGUAAGAUCUUCCAGUGAUGGCCAAGGUCCCAGGCCUCCCUGUGAUGAUGGCAAUAAAACCAUUGUAGUCUUAGACUCUUCUGAUGAAAGUGUGGCUGGUGAGGAGGCAAAACAAGUCACUGAAAAAGUGUCCCUUGACAAGCAGCCUUUGACUUCCAGCUGCAUUUCUGAGUCGAAGUCUCCAGGCUCUCCCUUGUCCCUGGAAGAGUUUGAGUCUCAGUGCUUUGAGUUUGAAACAGAUGAGGAUGUCUACUCGGUUUGGUCAGACACUCAAGCCAUGGCACCAACUCAGGAGUAUAAACAAGAUCAGCUUUCAACAGCAGCUAGCAGCAGUAAUUCAGGUGAUGCACAGAGUGAUGACAACAUUGACCACACCAUUGAGUGGGGUUAUGAAGUGGAUUACAUAACUGAUGAGAUGAUGGAAGAAGAAGCAACCAUCAUGGAGGAGCGGCUAGAAGAUACUUCUCAUCAUGAAGAAGGUGAUGAUGUAAGAGAGGCAACCAUCAGGGGGAAGCAGCUAGAAGAUGCUUUUUAUCAGGAAGAUGAAGAUGAUGAUGAUAUGAAAGAAGCAACCAUCGUGGGGAGGCAGCUAGAAGAUGCUUCUCAUCAGGAAGAUGAUGAUAUGAAAGCGACAGCCAUCAUGGAGAAGCAGCUAGAAGAUCCUUAUCAGGAAGAUGGUGAUUAUGAUGAUGAUAUGAAAGAGGCAACCAUCAUGGAGAAGCAGCUAGAAGAUGCUUCUCAUCAGGAAGAUGGUAAUGAUAUGAAAGAGACAACCAUCAGGGAGAGGCAUCUAGAAGAUGCUUAUCAGGAAGAUGAUGAUGGUAAUGAUAUGAAAGAGACAACCAUCAGGGAGAGGCAUCUAGAAGAUGCUUAUCAGGAAGAUGAUGAUGAUGAUGAUAUGAAAGAGGCAGCCAUCAUGGGGAAGCAGCUAGAAGAUGCUUCUCAUCAGGAAGAUGAUGAUGAUAUGAAAGCAGCAACCAUCAUGGAGAAGCAUCUAGAAGAUCCUUAUCAGGAAGAUGAUGAUGGUGAUAUGAAAGAGUCAACCAUCAUGGAGAAGCAGCUGGAAGAUGCUUCUCAUCAGGAAGGUGAUGAUGAUGAUGAUAUGAAAGAGGCAGCCAUCAUGGAGAAGCAUCUAGAAGAUCCUUCUCAGGAAGAAGAUGGUGAUGAUAUGAAAGCAGCAACCAUCAUGGAGAAGCAUCUAGAAGAUGCUUCUCAUCAGGAGCAUGAUAAGAGGAGAGAGGCAACCAUCAUGGAGAAGCAACUAGAAGAUACUUCUCACCAGGAAGAAGAUGAUGAUAUGAAAGUAGCAACUUCCUCAGUGUUGCAAGAAUCUGUUAGUAAGGGAAAUGUGGAAGAUCAACUGGAGAGUCUUGCAGACAAAGGUCCUGUUGCUCAAGACUUCACCUUGGACUCUGCUGAACCCAGAGCAUCUACAUCUACCAUCUCCUUAGCUUCCAAACUGGCCCUUAAGAGAAAGAGCACAAGCCCCCGGAAGAGCAUGCCCAAAGCCAAGGUAGCAAGAACCAUCCAGAGGAGUCCUAAAAGUAGACUCCUUGAGAAGACCUCAGUUUCUCAACCUGACAGGUCACUGCCUGUGGUAGUUCCUCCAAGGAAGGUCAGGCAGUGUCCUGUGCCAACAUCAACUGUAGAGAAGCUUGGUCUGAAGAAGGCCCCACGCAAAGCCUUCGAGUUGUCCCAGCGCUCUUUGGAGAGCAUAGUGGAGCUACGCACCCAUGGGAAAGCUGCAGGGAGGGUUGGACUCCCACAGAAACGGAAGACAAAGCCAAUUGCUGCUCAGAGUUUGUCCAUAAAGUACAACAAGAAGUUUCUGGCCUGCCAGGACUGUCAAUAUUUAAGGCAGACGAGGCCCCCAAAACGUGCCAGAGAACCUCUGGGAGGUUCUGAGCGUAGAAGCAAAGUUAGCAAAGUGGAUGUAAAGCUAAGGAAACCAAAGCCUCCGAGUUCUGAGCUGGCAUCUGGUGAGGGGUCUGUUGAAAACCAAAGAGACAAGAAAAGGAAGAAGACUUUUUGUCUCUCUGAGGAGACACGUGCCUCUGAACUGCUCACUUCUUUGGGCUCAACCAGAAGAUCAGAGGAUCACAACGUGAUGGUUUCUCAUGUACCUACAGUUUCAAGUCUCUCUUCCACUGUGCUUGUUGGAACUGAUAAAGAUGAACCUUCAGGCAAAGGCUGCGUUGUCCAGCCUGAGUGUGAGAAGGUGACUUCAACAGAAAACGGGUGUGAAGCAGCUGAGGACAGUGGAGAUGAUGAUGAUGAUUUAUUUUUAACUCAGUUAGAUCCUGUAGAUAUGGAAUUAUGUUCCCAAGUGGAAAGUGUUGAAGGUAUUACUAUAGCUAGUAAAACCCCUGAGGAGAUGGCCACUGCUGAGAGCCUUCACCAAAGUGAGCCCUCAGCUGUGGUGAAAUGCCAGCACACAGCCUGCGUGGAGAAGGUGGGAAAGCCAGGAGAGUACUGCAGGAGGCAUUCAGCCAGCAGCUCGGAAGGAGAUCAUGUGUUUGCCAAGCCUCUCCUGCCACCUUCCAAACCCAGAAAGCCUUCCACCACCAAAAUCUUCAGCUCAGCAAGCUCUUCACGCAGUGCAGUCUUCAGCAAGGACCUAGAGGAUGGCAAAAAGCUGCCGCCGGCUUCCAAAAGCAAAGUGAGCGCAGCCAAACAGGCGAUGGUCAGGCCACCCAGCAUCAGGCCUGUGCCAGCUGCCACUCAGGCUCCCAGGCCCCCAAGUUUGAGUAGCAUUCCUCAGCCCUACAGUUAUGGGAAAGUUCUGCAGUCCCACAACAGGCAGAACGAGGUCGCUCCUGGAGCUGCCAGAGGAGCUGCCCGAGGCAGCCACUCCACUGGCCUUGGCGCUCCGCAGCGAGACAACAACACUUUUGUCAAUGAAGUUCUGAACUGGACUUAUGAAUCCAUUGCAAACUUCAGCCAGUUUGGACCUCCAAGUAACCUCCUGCAGUCCAUUGUAGCCCCUGUUCCUGUCCACUUCCAGGGAUACAAUGACUAUUUUAAUACCUUCUUCCCCUUGAUGAUGCUAAAUGCCUUUGAAACACUGGCACAAGGCUGGAUGGAAAACCAGAGAGGAAGAGGGAAGAGUUACUACCUACUCUGCAAGAGUGAGUUGCCAGACUUCCGUGCUGAUGUGAAUACAGCACACUUUGAAGCUCAUCUUCGAGAAGUGGAUUUGGCAAGGCAGCUUCAUCCAAAGGAGGAUGAUGUAGUCUUUUUGGUGGUCCAGAACAAAAAAGACACCUUCAAGGAAGAAGGGGAGAUGGAAAACUCUAAAGUGUAUCACGUUGGGCUUGUGACUCGCUUUUAUCGUGCCUCUGGCUCUUCAGCCAGACAGAAGGAGCAGCACACUGUCUAUCAUGUUUCUGUGCAAACUCGAGGCAAUUUGUCCUUCUCCAAAAACAAGCAGGUGAAGUGUGUGGUGGUUGGCUCCCUGGUGACCACACGCCGGGAGUUCAGAAGUCUGCUGCUGCUGAGCAGGAGUCCCCUGGCUAAACCCAUCAUAAAUCCAUCUUACAAUGACUUCUGCCCCAGGGAUUUGCCUGUAGCUUCAGAGAGUGCUACAUCUGAUAUGAAUGACUACAAUGAAGGUCAGAAGAGAGCCAUUGAGACAGCUUAUGCCAUGGUCAAGCAGCAUCCAGGGCUUCCCAAGAUCUGCCUCAUCCAUGGCCCACCUGGGACUGGGAAAUCAAAAACUAUUGUUGGCCUUCUGUCUCGUGUCCUGAGAGAAAACACCAGGAGUGAGAGAACAGCAAGGAAAACAAAUCCCAAGAUCAAGCCGAAUCGGUUCCUGGUGUGUGCACCCUCCAAUGCUGCUGUGGAUGAGCUGAUGAAAAAGAUCAUCAUUGCUUUCAAGGGGAAGUGCCAGAACAGGCUGGAGCCUCUGGGAAAUUGUGGAGACAUCAAAUUGGUGCGAAUUGGUGCUGAGAAAGCAAUCAACAGUGAAGUCCUGGGAUUUAGCCUGGAUAAGCAAGUUCAACAUAGAAUGAAAAGGAAGACAGCAGACCUGGAGAGGGACAUUCAGAAGAAGAAGGAAUCCAUAGACCAAAGGCUGGAUGAGCUGAUCCGCCAGCGUGCCAUGAACAAGUGUGGCAAGAGGGAGAGUCAAAUAAUAGAUGAUGAAUUUAACAAAGUUUCAAAGGAGAGAGAACAUCUUGCAUCUCAGCUAAAGGAGGUUCGGGCACACUCUCAGAAAGUGCAGGCAGAAAUCAUCCUGGAGUCCGACAUCAUCUGCUGCACGCUGAGCGCCAGCGGAGGAGGGCUGCUGGAAUCUACUUUAUCCAGGCAAGGAGUUGAUCCUUUCAGCUGUGUCAUUGUGGAUGAGGCAGGGCAGUCCUGCGAGGUCGAAACACUCAUCCCACUGAUCCAUCGCUGCAAUAAACUUGUCCUUGUUGGAGAUCCCAGACAGCUUCCUCCCACUGUGAAAUCAGUAAAAGCUCAGGAGAAUGGCUAUGACCAGUCCUUGAUGGCAAGGCUGCACAGGCACCUGGAGGAGCAAAUGCAGAGCAACAUGUUCCGCAGCCUGCCGGUCGUGCAGCUGACUGUGCAGUACAGGAUGCACCCUGACAUCUGCCUCUUCCCAUCCAACUAUGUCUAUGGCAGGACUCUAAAGACUGACAAAGCCACAGAAGAGAACAGAUGUUCUUCAGACUGGCCAUUCCAGCCCUACCUCAUUUUUGAUGUUGGAGAUGGUCGUGAGGAGCGAGACAAUGACUCUUUCAGCAAUCCUCAGGAAGUAAAGCUGGUGAUGGAACUGAUUAAAGUCAUCAAAGCAAGAAGGAAGGAUCUGGGCCUCCGUCGCAUUGGGAUCAUUACCCCUUACAGUGCCCAGAAGAAGAGAAUCCAAAGGCAGCUGGACAAAGUGUUUGGGAAUAACAGCCCAGGAGAAGUGGAUACAGUGGAUGCCUUCCAGGGACGAGAGAAGGACUGCAUCAUAGUGACCUGUGUCCGGGCAAACACCACCAAAGGCUCCAUUGGGUUUCUGGCAAGCCUUCAGCGCCUGAAUGUCACAAUCACCCGAGCCAGGUUCAGCCUCUUCAUCCUCGGAAGACUGGAAACACUCAUGGAAAACAAAGACUGGAACCAGCUGGUUCAGGAUGCUCACAAAAGAGGAGCCAUUAUCAAGACAUCAGAAGAAGGCUACAAGAGAGAUGCUCUUAAGAUCUUGAAGCUCAGGCCAACAGGAUGGUGUCCAACCAAGGCAGGGACAAAGACUCCUGCUCUGCAGCCUUCCUUCUCCAGUGGCAAGAGGGUUGAGCUUGCAAAGCCAAGGGAGGCCAGCAGCAGCCCAUUGGUGGCAUCUGCUGCUGGCCACGCAGCGCCACAAGGAAGCCGAGUGCCCCAGCAGGCACAGGGAGCUCAGGCUGUGGACUUCAGCAGAGGCAGUGCCCCCACACCUGUGGAGGCUGCAGCAGUUCCUGCUGCCCAGGAGAAGCCAAGAGACCCAAGGAGGGCAGGCAUGGUUGGCAGGACUGAAGCUAAGGGGAGGGAGCAGGACUCAAAAGGCAGCAGUCGAGCAGCCCAGAGCACUGCAGGGACAACGCCGCAGCAAGGCUUUGAAGUGUCCUCGGCCAGCAGGGACCAGAGUUCCAGAGCAGAAGCUUCUAAGAAGCCCUCCAGGGGACAUUGUGACCUGCCCUCCAGGGGACAUUGUGACCUGCCCUCCAAAUCACCUUCCUUACCUCGACAGGAGCAUGACCGGAGAGCUGGGGUCCACAGUAAAGGAGGUCACGAUCACAGCAGCAGGAGGAGCAGGGACAGUCAUGCUUCAAGUAGAACCCCAGAGAACACAGAACACAGCAGUGCCAAGAGGAGGAAGACCUCUCACUGACUGCAGCUUUGGCUCCUCACUGGUAGAUCUAUUCCCAGUCUUCUGCCUGGCAAAGGCCUGUUUUAACUUAUUGACCACUCCCUGGUGUUGAACCUCUGCUAGCAGUAGAUCAGCUUCGUCCCACCCUGUGCCUGACUUCUGAAGGGCACUUUAGAGCUAAACAGUUGAGAGCUUCCAGCUUUGGAGGAGCAGUGAACUCUGUCAGCCAGUGAGUGAGGUGAAGGUUGUAAAUGUUUCAGGAUGUAUAUUUGUACAGUAUACAAAAUUAUUUUAAGAUCUAAUUUGGCAAAAAUAGAGCUUCUUGUUUCCUUCUGCAAAUGCUCUCUUUCUUAGUGGUGCAAUUUUUUUAUGAAGAACCAGAGCAAAGCAAAACCCCAAACCUCAAAACACAACAACUUUCCCCUCCCUCCCCCCAAAAAAAAACCCCAAAUCUGGGAAACAAACAGAAACCCCCUCCAAAAAAAUGCCCAGCCAGACUUCUCUUUUCCUUUGCUCUAGCCAAUCUUAAUUUAUUUGUUAGCCAAGAGUGGGUGUUGCAAAGGUGGGAGCAGGGACUCUGGCUCAUGCUCCCCUCGUGCCUCAGGAAGGGCAGAUGUACAUUGGUUGAGUGCAGAGAAUUCUUUUCUAUGUUCCCCUGCCUGUUUUUAUAGGAAGAGAAGAGCUUUCCUUUCUACAACUGUGCCUUGAGUUUUUGCUCCUGCUGCCUCUUCAUCAGCUGGAAUCCUUUUCUUCUUGAGGUGGCAACACAAACUGCAGAUUAAAGCCUACAAGGUCUGUCUGGCCCCAGUGAGUUCAUGUGGUGAAUGAGCAACAGCACUGAGGCUUCCCAGCCAAAGAGCUACAUAGCACUGGGUGCUAAGGACCUGAAUUUUGUAGCUUGAGAGCUUUUGGAGAUCUCCAGGGGUCAAAAGGGCAAGCAGUGCAUUCUAGGUGUUACUACUGACUCCUUCCCACUGUGUCUGAAUUUAAAACCAGGAAAAUGAGAUGGGGGGGGCAGGACCCAAACUGUUUUUAAGAAAGCUUUCCUCUCACCACACCAUUGCACAAUAAAAGUGGAAUCCUUUCUGCUAAGAAGG